CGCAGAACAGAUACCCCUGGUCUUGACGCCGUAGGUCGAGGAAGAAGGAAGGUCCGCAUGCGUUUGACAGCUGAGCUCAUCUUGAGCGCCCGUGCGCACAUCAACCCUCUGCGGGAGCGAGAGUUGGAUCUUCGCGGGUACAAAAUCCCAGUGUUGGAAAACUUAGGGGCGACCAAAGACGGGUUCGACUGUCUGGACUUGUCCGACAACGAGAUCAAAAUGCUCGAGAACUUUCCCCGACUCAAACGUCUGCGCAUGCUCCUUCUGCACAACAACAAGGUCCAUCGCAUUCAAGACAAUCUGGCCGACUCGAUUCCCAACCUGUCCGUCCUUCUCCUCACCAACAACAGCAUUGCAAAUCUCACGGACGUUGACGCGUUGCGCUGCUUUGAUCAUUUGGAUACGUUAUCUCUGGUCGGCAACCCUGUCGCACGCAAGUCGUACUACCGCGAAUAUGUCAUUCACACCCUGCCCAACUUGCGCGUGUUGGAUUUCAAGAAGGUUCGCCCCGUCGAGCGCGAAGAAGCGGUCCGCCUCUUCAACUCCCUCGCUGGAAAAAAGAUUGUGGAAGGAUCCGUAGAAGAGUCCACUCAUUCCUCAGACGAUACCGCACCUGCGUCCCCCCCAGCAGCUCCAGCGGGACGACCCUCACUGGCGCAGCUGAAGAGCGCCAUUGCGCAAGCAUCAUCGCUCGAAGAAGUCAACCGCUUGGAAGCUCAAAUCAAGGCACUAUCACCACCUCGAAACCACCAGUCCCCCCCUCCCGCACACACAGCACCCCCGCCAGCUCGCACCACGUCUCCUCGAAAGCCUGUCGCGGCAUCUCAUGUGACGUCUCCCCGAAAAACAGAGCUUGCUGCUGCCGACUCUGUGCAACACGAAGUUGUCGUGUCGCCCAAAGCCUUGGUCAAGCCCGAGCAAAUUCCGCUUCCACCCAUUCCAUCCCCGAAGCGUUCUCCGCAAAAGACUGCGGUGGAUGUACCGUCCGACGACAUGGAGGUCGACGAAGCUCCUCGUGCUGCCGUCCAAACGCCGGUGAAAUCCCCGGCGAGCAGUCGCGCCAAAAGAGCGUCGACCCCCGCGUCCUCCAUGAAAGUCACGGAACUUCGAGACGAGCUAAAGCGCCGAGGACUGCCCAUCAAGGGCAACAAGGCCGAGUUGGUCGCGCGACUGGAAUCCGCGACGGCGGACGAAUAGCUAGUUGAAAAAUACCGCCGUGUGUCAAGAUCAGUGCAGCGAGUCUUUACUUUGGCUCCGGGCAAUGGAUUUCGCACGGGCGCGCCUGUUUUCGUCCACAACGGGAACUAAUCUACCGCCGGCACAGUCGCCGUGUUCGAAUGCAUACAUGAGCGGUACCCCUG